CAGAGUUCCUAGCUCUUUCUGAUCAACCUGACUUGGCAAGAUGUUUUCAAAUAGGAGGCGGUUCUGGGAAGGGUUCAAUCACCCGCUGGGUGAAUCUUCUCUGGAUUCUCCAGGCAGUGUGGUACUGCAGGCUCUCUAUGACUAUCAGUACAAAUCUGAAGAUGGCAGGCAGGUGAUCAUUGAGGAAGGGGAGAUCUUCCACCUUGUGCACAAGGCCAAUGAGGAUUGGUGGCAGGUGAAGCGGUUCGGCCAGCCUAAGCAGAAGAGGCCCAUCUUUGUCCCAGCAUCCUAUGUGGCUGAAGUGACCUAUGAUAAAAGAACAAGCCUACAGCAAAAUGUCGUCUUGCAUCCUGGCAUCCAUUCAGAAAAGGAUGGAGAUCCAGAAUGCUUGGAAAUGUCUCAUUCUCUGGAGGAUCUUUGGGUGCAGCCAUCCUCAUCAUCUUCCCACACAGAUCUAUUGUCCUGCCGCAACCUUUCUGCCAAGAUGAGAAUCCGCCAGCUGUCUCUUGGUAGGCGUCACAGCCUGAGUGCCCUGUCUCAGAUGAAAUGCAAAAGCACAAAGCAGUGGCAAAGUUCAGAGGAAGAGCUAGCAAGAAGUGAGACAUAUUAUAGGAUGUUGGAUGAUACUCCUCCGCCUCUCUUGAGAGAGAAGCCUCCAAUUUAUUACAAUCUGGAGGAGAUGAAGCAGUUACCAACGACACCUCCUACCCCACGCAGCCCACCAUUACAGAUGCUGGAAGCCUGGGAACAUCACAUAGACUCCAACUCUCUGCGUAGUUUCUACUAUAAGCCUACAACAGGUGAAAAGUCAUGGAAGCCACCCAGGAGGAGCCAAGAGAUGAGCUCGGUGCAGAUAGAGGGGAAUGAUCUCUCAGCUCCAGCAGAUCCUACUCCAGGAGCCAAUCUGGAUCAAACGGAAGACAGAGUGAGGGGGGAGCAGUCUGGGGCUCAAAGUCUCCACAGAAAGCUGGGAUGUACCAAAUCCUUGAUGUUGCCAGAGAUACGGCCUCACAAGGGAAACCAUCGGCGGAACCAUUCCCAAUAUAGCUUCAAUGCCUGGUUAGGAGAAUAUACUAUGCCAUCACCUACCAAUGGUUCCAUCAUGGACAAUGCCGAAUUACUGCAUCCCUUUGAUGAGGUCAGCUACUUUGUGGAACGGGCAGUGACAUCCGAUGGGCGGUAUGUCUUCCCAGAGCAACGUUGCCAAGAGGAGAAGUUGAACCUGGCCAGUCCUCAGUGGGAUGAUGUGCAUGUGAUAACAGGGGCCCUGAAGCUUUUCUUCCGAGAGUUACCUGAAUCCCUUGUGCCCUACAGCUACAUUGAUGAAUGUAUAGCGUCCGUCAAGUUGUCCGAUCACAAGGAAAAAGUGUCAAAGCUUGCUGGGCUGAUCCAGUCUCUCCCUCAACCAAACCGGGACACCCUGCAUUACUUACUUCAGCACCUCCGCAGAGUGAUGGAUCACUCAGCUAUCAACCGGAUGACAACUCAGAACAUUGGCAUUGUUUUUGGGCCAACGCUGUUGCGACAUGACCGAGAUGUAGCCAGCCUGAUAGAGGACAUGGUAUACCAGAAUCAGGUGGUAGAGUUGCUUCUUACCGAAUUUGCUAGCAUCUUCGGGACAGAUGCCGAAUGAUUUUGUUGAUACUUCUUCUCUUUGAAUGUGGAUUACUUUAUUCCCAAGACAUAUGGGAUCACAAUAUUUUUUGAAGCAAGCAUUGGUACUGUGAAACUCUCUGCACCAAUCACAGCAGCAUAAGUUACCAUCCUCUUUGGAAAAGAUAUUAUCUCUGCAUCCUCCUUCUCCGAGAUAUUUUUUUUUAAGUUGCUCAAUUUUUUUUUAAAUCUGGUAUACCUUAGCAAAAUGAUGUCAUAUUCAUACCCAAUAAACCACUGGUGAGAAUCUAAAAGAGAAAUUAUAUGACUGAAAGUGCUUUGACUUUAAACAGUGAGCAAAGACCUGUUUAGAUGGGUUCCAAUCCAGACAAAUCUAUAAAGGAUAGAACACUUUUAUCCCUCAAUUAUUGGGCAUUCUGUGUUGGAGGGGAAAGACUCUCACCAGAUGAACUGAUGUCAUGCCAACAGCCUAGUCCCCUAGGUCUCCUGUCUGAUGUCACGGUGCCAAAUAGCCUCUGUACUCUUGAAAGCAUAAUUCUUCAGGAUUACUUUCCCCAACUGCCCAUCAGAUGUGUUGGGCUACAAAUCCCAUGCACAGGCAAAAUCUUUUUAAGGAGAUGCCUUCUAAGUCAUUAUUAGGGCAUAUGGGUUCCCCCCCAAAUAAAAUUGAAACCCCCUUUCAAAUUGCUAUUGGUUUUUUUUUUUUUUUUUUUUGCCAAAUAACCUGGGAAACAUCAAAGGUAAUGUUUGACUAUUAUUAUCAAAAACCCUGUUCCUUUAUAAAAUUAUGGUUUAGAACUGGUUUGAAAAGAAAUAAAUAUGACUGAAUUCUCCGGCUCACCCCGCAUGUGACCUGUUUCUCAGAUUUGUGGCCAAGGAAAGUGUUCAGUAAUAAAAAUA